AAACGCACGUAUAUGUGGGGUUUCUAGAGUUGUAUAAUGGCUCUUCUGCGCAGUGUUGGGCUUCUGGCUCUGCUGCUGGUGUCGGUCCGGUGUCUGAUCCAGGAGCAGCUCUUCGAUUACGGGAUCCGGUUUGGCGACCAGAUUCUGGAUUCUGGAACCGAUUCGGUUCGAGAGCUCGAGCUGGAGCAAACGCUCUUAUUCUUCAAAGGAAAGUUCGACAAAGUUUACGUCAGCACCAAUGGCUUCAUAUCUCUGGCUGAACCCACCGAUGAGUCUGAGUACCUGGGGAAGAUGCCGGCCAGUUUUGGUAUGAUUGCAGCCUUCCUGGGAGAUCUGGACACCACUGAUGGGGCCGGUCACGUCUUUUUCCGCCAGGAUAAAAGCCCUGAUGUGCUCCAGAGAGCCGCAGAGCACAUCGGCCAAGCAUUUCCUUCUGAUGACGGGAUCGAACCCACUCACACCAUCAUCGUCACCUGGGAGAAUGUGGCGCCUCAGUCUGAACGAGGAAGAGGAGAUGAAUAUGAAUAUACGAGAAAUACUUUCCAGCUGGUUGUAGCAAACAUGGAGUCGGCGUCGUAUGCCAUCCUGCUGUAUCCAGAGGAGAGCAUGCAGUUCGGCUCCACUCUCAUGAAUGAUGAGGAUCAGCUGGUUGAAGUCGGCUUCAAUGAAGGGAAGGUGGCUGGCUGGUUCAGCUGGGGGUCCACUCAAGGAGCUUACUAUCGCAUCACUCAAGACAGCGAGGAGUCAAUAAGCGCUCUCGUCACGACUGAGCAGACUAUGGUGGACACUCCGGUGCCCGAGCCGUCCGUCCCGUGGAAUCGACCUCACGAGGAGCUUCUGACCUCCGAACCUCCGAAUGAAUCGCUCACCAGUCCAGAGCCGUUCGCAGAGUCGUCGACGCCGGACGAGCCUCAGUAUCGUUACGUUCAUCCACGACCGAAGACACCUCAACAACAACAACCGCAAAACCCACAGGUGCUGAUCAUCGACGAGGACGAGCUGAACAUCGACGUGUUUUCUUAUAAUUACGAGACGUGCUCCAGUAACAAGCACAAGUGCUCUGUGUUCGCCGACUGCAGAGAUUACGCUGCCGGAUACUGCUGUCACUGCAAACCUGGUUACUACGGCAACGGCAAGGAUUGUGUCGCCGAAGGCAAGCCUCAGAGGAUGAACGGGAAGGUCAAUGGCAGGAUCUACGUUGGUGAUUCUCCGUCUCCUGUGGAGUUUUCUAACAAUGAUCUGCACUCGUAUGUGGUGACUAACGACGGCCGGGCGUAUAUCGCCAUCAGCAGCAUCCCAUCCAGCGUCGGCCCGUCUCUGCAGCCCCUGCUGGCUCUGGGCGAAACCAUCGGCUGGGCCUUUGCUCUGGAGCAGCCCGACUACCAGAACGGCUUCAGCAUCAUCGGAGGGGUUUUCACGCGACAGGCCGAGGUCGUCUUCCAGCCCGGGAACGAGCGGCUAAGCAUCAGGCAGGAGUUCGGCGGCAUCGAUGAACACGAUCAUCUGCUGAUCAGCACCGAACUGGACGGCAGGAUUCCAGAGGUGCCUCGAGGAGCCAUGGUCCAGAUCGAGCCCUACAGCGAGAUUUACCAGCACUCCAGCAACCUGAUCACGUCCUCGUCACGGCGGGAUUACACCGUUAGCAUGCCGGACGGUAGCGUUCGCACACACAGCUACCUGUGGACACAGAGCAUCAAGUUCCAGAGCUGCCCUCACGAGGAGGUCCUGAGCGCUGUGCCGGCGAGCCAACAGCUCAGCGUCGACCAGAUCUUCGUCAUGUACGACUCCAGCAACCAGCUGAUCCGCUUCGCCAUGAGCAACAAGAUCGGCUCCAUCCACAGCGGGAUCCCGGAGCAGAAUCCCUGUUUCACCGGGAGACACGGAUGCGACACUAACGCCGUCUGUCGUCCCGCUCAGGGAAAAGAGUUCAGCUGCGAAUGCGCCGCUGGAUUCAUUGGCGACGGACGGGUUUGUUACGAUGUUGAUGAGUGUUCAGAAAGCCCUCGGAUCUGCGGUCCGUACAGCAUCUGCAACAACCAGCCGGGAUCUUUCCGCUGUGAAUGUCUGGAUGGUUUUCAGUUCGCCGGCGACGGACGGACGUGUGUCGAGACGGAGCGUCCCGUGGAUCACUGUCAGAGAGGAACACACGACUGCGAUGCUCCCGAACGCGCCCGAUGCAGCUACACAGGAGACUCGUCUUAUAUCUGCUUGUGUCUGCCGGGCUUCUCUGGAGACGGACGGGCGUGUCAGGAUACUGAUGAGUGCCAGCCGGGCCGUUGCCAUAGCGAUGCCAUCUGCCACAACACCCAGGGCUCCUUCACCUGUCAGUGCCGGCCUGGUUUCCACGGCGAUGGCUUCAGCUGCACACCUGGAUCCGAUGAAGAGCAGACGGCGUGUGAGCGUCACAGAGAAGCAGCUCAGGCCUCGUCCUCUUCCUCGGGCGGAUACUUCUUCUUCCGUCCGCGUCCGGCCGUCGGUCAGUAUGUGCCCAGCUGUGACGCUUACGGUGCUUACGAACCCCUGCAGUGUGACGCCAGCGUGGGUCAGUGCUGGUGCGUCGACCCGUCCGGACAGGAGCUUCCCGGAUCCAGAGCCCAACCGAGCAGCAGACCCAUGUGUAUUGAUCACAAUGUGGCUCCGCCCCUCAUUGGCCCCACCCCCAGAACUGACAUCAGUCCUCUGACUCCUGGAGCAAACCUCUUAUUUGCCCAAAGCGGCAAGAUCGAUCACAUCCCGCUGGAUGGCAACCGGAUGAUCAAAGACGAGUCGAGGACCGUUCUGCACGUACCUGGUAAAGUGGUGAUCGCGCUGGCGUUCGACUGCGUGGAGCAGAUGAUCUUCUGGUCUGAAAUCACUCAGCCCUCCAUCAGCAGAGCGAAGCUGCAGGGAGGAGAAACCUCGGUCCUCGUCGCUAAAGAUCUGGGCAGCCCUGAAGGAAUCGCCAUCGAUCACAUGUCCAGAAACAUGUACUGGACCGACUCCAUACUGGACCGCAUCGAGGUGUCCAGACUAGACGGCAGUCAGCGGCGCCUCGUCUUUGACAGUGACCUUAUCAACCCGCGACCGAUCGUCGCUGACCCCGCCUACGGAUACCUGUACUGGUCCGACUGGAACCGAGACGGGCCCAAGAUCGAGCGCUCCGGUUUGGACGGCAGCGACAGGACAGUGCUGGUGCAGGAUGGGCUGGGGCUGCCCAACGCUCUGACCUUUGACCCCCAGAGCAAGCAGCUCUGCUGGGCAGACGCAGGAACCCGUAAGGUGGAGUGUGUCGAUCCGUUCUCUCGUCUCAGGAGGACACUGACCGAAGGGAUUCAGUAUCCGUUCGCCGUCGUGUCUUACGGCAGAAACCUCUACUACACCGACUGGAGAAGGGAAGCAGUGGUUGCUAUGGACCGUCAUGAUGGGAUGGAGGUGGAGGAGUUUCUUCCUCAGAGACGUUCACGUACAUACGGCAUCGCUAUGACUUACCCACAAUGCCCUGCAGGCGUGAACUACUGCUCUCGUGAUAACGGAGGCUGCUCUCAUCUCUGUCUGCCGCGGCCGGGCGGAUUCACCUGCCGCUGUCCCGACGCCAGAGACGGCUCGUGUGUCGAACGGGACGAGAAUUUCUGAGAGACACUGAGGACUGAAGAGGGAAUGACUUGUGUUCCUUCCGCUCGGAUCAAGAUAAUCAAUACAGUAGGGAUGCACUAGAUUCAUAUCGCAUCUGCCACUAUCAGUGUUCUUCGUCAUUCUGUCAGUCUGAUGAGGGUGAUAACAGACGCAGAUAAUAUCAGGGAUUGACUUUCUUCAGUCUUUCAACAGUAAUGAACAGUUCAGUAUGGAAGCUUGUUUACACCACGGAAUAAAAAAAUAAGAAAGGUAAUUGCGACUUUUCUCGCAGUUGUAAGUUUACAUCGCAAAAUUCUGACUUUUUUAUUGGAACUCGGAGUUU